UUUUUUUUUCCCCCCAGCUACGGCAGCGGCUCCGGGAGCUCGAGCUACGGGCAACCCCCGAGCGGGGGGUACAGCCAACAGCAGAGCUACAGCGGGGGCCAGCAGAGCUACAGCCAACAGUCGUCCUACAACCCCCCUCCCAGCUACAGCCAGCAGGGCCAGUACAGCUCCGGCGCCUCCAACAGCUACGGGCAGGAUCAGGCGUCGCUGAGCUCGGGGGGCUACCAGGAGCCGGGGGGCUACGGCGGCGGCGGCGGGGGGCAGCAGGAGCGCAGCCGCGGGCGCGGCGGCUACGGCCGGGGCGGCUACGAGCGAGGCGGCCGCGGGGGCCGAGGGGGCCGAGGAGCCAACCUGGGCGGUGGUGAGCGUGGUGGCUUCAAUAAAUUCGGUGGCCCCCGGGACCAGGGACCUCGACAUGACCCCGGCGAGCAGGACAACUCGGACAACAACACCAUCUUCGUGCAGGGCCUGGGCGAGAACGUCACCAUCGAGUCCGUGGCCGACUACUUCAAACAGAUCGGCAUCAUCAAGACCAACAAGAAGACGGGGCAGCCCAUGAUCAACCUGUACACGGACCGCGAGACCGGGAAGCUCAAGGGCGAGGCCACCGUGUCCUUCGACGACCCCCCCUCGGCCAAGGCGGCCAUCGACUGGUUCGACGGCAAGGAAUUCUCGGGGAAUCCCAUCAAGGUUUCCUUCGCCACCCGCCGGGCGGAUUUCACCCGCGGGGGGGGCGGCCGAGGGCGCGGCCGGGGCGGGCCGAUGGGCCGCGGAGGGUUCGGCGGCGGCUCCGGGGGCUCCGGAGGGGGCCGGGGGGGCUUCAACAGCGGGGGAGGGGGACAGCAGAGAGCGGGGGACUGGAAAUGUCCCAACCCGGCGUGUGAGAACAUGAACUUCUCGUGGCGCAACGAGUGCAACCAGUGCAAGGCCCCCAAACCCGAGGGGGGGCCCGGGGGAGCCCCACACAUGGGGGGGGGCGGCAAGUACCCCGGGGGGGGCGGCCGAGGGGGCGGCGGCGGCAACCACAUGGGCGGCGGCGGCGGCGGGUUCGGCGAGGAGCGCCGCGGGGGCCGCGGGGGCUUCGAGCGCGGGGGCUACCGGGGGGGCCGAGGGGGCGACCGAGGCGGCUUCCGAGGGGGCCGGGGCGGCGACCGAGGCGGCUUCGGGCCCGGCAAGAUGGACUCCAGGGGCGACCACCGGCAGGACCGUCGCGAGAGGCCCUACUGAGCCCCCUCCCCCACCCCGCCCUCCCCCACCCCUCGUUUUUUAUUUGGUCUCCCCCCCCCCGCCCCCUCCCCCCCCGCGGGGUGACCCCGCUUUUAACCCCCGCCCCGCCCCCAAUAAAGGCCAUUUUUGGGGGG